UUGGAACGCUUCUCAAAUGGGUCUACGAUGUUUGAGGAUCCACAUCUCCAGUCAUGUGUCAACAGCAUAAAUAAUGCUAUCCAGAAAGCUAAAACAGAAAAGAGUGGCAACUAAAGUCAUUUUUUGAAGAUGUCUGUCAGGAACUUGGUGACAAACUGGUCAUUUCCCAGGAUGCUCUUGGGGCAUUCAUGAUCCUGAACAAUGCCAACCAGGAACAGUUUGCUCACUGGCUCACUGAGUGUGUGAAGGAGAUGGCACAAACUCUUAGAGAGAAGUUUAAGAAAACAAACAUCCAAACUAAACUACAGAGCCUUCAUGUGAAUCCUCAGAACGAGCUUUUCAACACACUGAUUGGAUGUGGUAAACAGUGUCCGUUCUGCAAAGCACCCUGUGAGGCAGGAGCAAAAGCCCACACUGAGCACUUCGCUUCACUUCAUCGACCAGAUGGUCUGGGUCGAAGAAUAUGGAUUGAAACACAAAAACGUUGCAUUGACAUAUGCUCUUCCUCUGUGGUCAGUGACAUUUCUUUUCGCUGCAGUGAUACAAAUGAUCAAUCCCAUCCUUACAAGCGUUACAAAGAAAAGUAUCCGGACUGGAAAACCCCACCAGAUGCAAGCCUCCAGGCAUCAGACUACUGGAAAUAUGUACUGACAAAGUUCAAUGAUGAGUUUGCAGCAGCAUACGAUGCAAAGCCUGCUGAUAUUCCUGAAGCUUGGGAACUUAUCACACCUGAGCAAGCAGAGGCAAGCCUCAAAGAGUCAUUUCAUAUCAAAUGAGAAACUACAAGCUUCGUGCUCACAGAGGGUCCCGUCCUCCUCAUUACAGUCAUCAUCCUCUCAUGGACAUUUAGAUUACACUUGAUUUAUAUGAAGAGAAGCACACAAAGUAACAUGCUGUUUAUGAGAUGGCAAGGUUGCCCAUAUAUUUCAACAACAACUUACAAGGAAUUUGUAAACGUUUCAGUUUGAUUAAAUCACACUUUGAAUCCUUCCUUCUUGGUAUAGAUAACUGUUAUUAUAAAGCCAAUUAUCUUAAUUUGAUUUGAUUGAGAGUUUUUACAUCCUUGAAGUAACAGAUGCAAAAUAUUUGCUUUCAUGUUUUUCUGUGGUUUUGUCCAAAAAAUAUUUUCCAUUUCAACGUUUUAAAAUAUCAUUCAGUCUUCAUGUCAACAGGAAGAUUAGACAAUGUCUUCAUUUGUUCAUCUUAUUUCAAAUAAGUAUCUGGUUCUUAUUAUUUACAUUUGUAUUGACACAUUUAUAAUGUUUGUCUAUUAAUUUCUGAGCUGCAUCAAAAGCCACACAUUUAGAUUUUUAAAUCAGUGAAUGAAUCAUUGUGUUUUAGUGGUGGUACAGUCAACAUGUAAACAUGACAGAAAGUCUGUUGUAAUCAAGUUCAGUUUGACAUGUGACCGUUUCCCAGAGAGUUAGAAUCUAUUCUUAUUUUGUUUCUGUAAAAACAUAAAAACAUCAGUUAAAAAUAUUUACAAAUUCAAUGUUUUAAAAUAUCAUUCAAUCUAAAUGUCAACAUGUAGAUUACACAUGCAGUUUCUUCUUACCUUUUUGAGUGCUAAAUGUCAUUUUCUUACCAAAAACCUGAAAUCUUUGUUUUUGUUCCAAUUUAGAAUUUAGUUAAAAAAUAUUUACAUUUUAAUGUUCAUGUUAUACUUUUUAUUCAAAAUGUGUUAUGUUAGUUUUCAUUUUGGGAUGCAUCAAAUGCCACAUUUUAACAUG